AUGGCAAACGCGUAUUCCGCAUCGCGAGAUUACACGAAACCGGCUAUUGACCAACGAAUCGCUGAGUUAGUGAAGAGGAGGAUUGGUGCACGAGAAGAUCUACCUACGGAGAGAUUGUUGAAGGUUACGCACCAACAUAUUCUAGAGACGGUGGCAUUCAUUUUGAACACAGACGCCGAGGUUCUGGAGGAAGGAAUUCUCGACAGGGACGAAUACGUGAAUGUAUUUAGCAGUUUCUUCGCCGAGGGCGGUAGACAAGCGAUUAUUAUAUACCUUCAACCCAUGAGUCCCCCGACAUUCGAAUCCGGGCGAUGGGCGCCGCAACUUAGCAAAGAACAGCAAGUUGUACGCUGUUGCAUAACAGAUGGUACUACCGAGGAAUUUUCGGGCAGAUGCGUUAUAGUUUAUCGACUAAAGUCGAAUAUGGAAUUUGGGGUCAAGCAGUUACUCGAUAAAUCUUUGGCGCUACCUGAAAGUAUUAGAGAGAGUAUUCGUAAACCGGACGUCAUUGCGGCAGCGGAAGCUGAUGUCCGAAUAUGGAUGAAAUUGAUGGAACGGGCUAUCGUUGAGAGCCAACAGUUGCGCAGGGAAACCGAAACUGUAGGACCAACUGCAGAACUUGCGUAUUGGCGGCGAUUGUUCGGCCAGUUUUCAUCGAUAAUGAAUCACAUAAAGUCAUCUUACGCCCAGGCAUUUAUACAAUUGCUGACGGAAGCGAAAUCGAAACUCGUGAAGAAAUGGAAGACGUUGGAGGAGCACGUUGUAACGGUGCAUAUUUUAUCUCAAGACAACGUCAGGUAUCUGUACGCCUUGGAAAAAUUUACGCAACCGUUGUACAGAUUGGACCCAACGAAAAUAGGAGAUUACUUACCGCCGCUCAUGUACGCUAUAAGAAUGAUUUACGCUGCAUCGCGAUUCUUCAAUACGAGAAAGAUGGUGACCGCGGUAUACGUAAAGAUAACAAAUCAGAUGAUAUUAGCGUGUAAAGCGUACCUGACGGAGGACGGAAAGUUAAGCAUUUGGAACGAAUCAAAGUGCACUAUGAUAUCUAAAAUAAAGGACUGUAUCAAGCUUUGUGAGACGUAUCACAACUGUUACGACGCUAUGUGUAAGAAGGUCGAGGAGUCUCCAGACGAGAAGCCUUUCGAGGUGUCCGAGAUGUAUGUUUUCGGGAAGUUCGCCGCUUUCAAGACAAGAAUAAUGAAAAUCAUGGAUAUCCUCGAGUCAGCACGAAUGUACUCCAUCCUGCACAGUUCGACCGUAGAAGGCAUUAAUGCGUACGCGCAAAAGUAUGCGGAUCAUUUUAAAAAGAUUUCCACGCAGAAGUACGAUCCCCUAGAUCACAGAAAGCCGUAUUUUGACGUCGAUUACGAUGAAUACAAGAGGACCAUGGCGGAAACCGACGUGGAGCUGAGAACGUUCUUUAACAACUGCGUCUCUUUCAUGCCGAACAUAACGCAGAGUUUAAAUUUGAUAGCUAGGUUUCAAAAAUUGAAUCUCAAGCAAUUGAGGAUCGAUAGGAAAUGUAUAGAACUCAUCUCAAUGUUCGAGCGAGAGCUCGACGAUACCCGUGAUAGAUACAAUGGAAACAGAUCCGAUCCACCUGUACCGAGAAAUAUUCCGCCCAUUGCCGGUAGAAUCCUGUGGAUUCGACAGUUGUAUAAACGCAUUGAGGUUCCUAUGAAUAUGUUUAAAUCGUACCACAGAGUGAUUACGCACGAUUCCAUGCAGAAGUGCAUUAAGAUAUACAAUACGCUCGUCAGUGUGUUUAUUCAUUACGAGUUAAUAUACUAUAAAGCGUGGUAUGAUUCAGCUAGCAUCGUUCGUCUGGCAUUAUCGUCGCCUAUGCUGGUGCGUCAUCCAAAGACAAACAAGUUCUGUAUAAAUUUUGAUCUUUACAUUUACGAAGUAAUACGAGAAUCCGAACACAUGUCUAAGUUUGGAUUGGAAAUGCCGGAUUUUAUACAAAUGUUAAUCUUUUGCAAAGAAAAGAUACUUUUAUCCUACGAAAAAGUGAAGAAAUUGCUUAAGAAAAACGACGCCCUUAGGCAAUCUAUCCCAGUCUUGUUUUUAAAUCUAAUGAAAAUAGCACUCGUCAAUCUUGAGAUUGCUUUUCAACCCUGCGUGUCGGUAAUUACGUGGUCCUCAUUAAAGAUUUCUAACGCACACGCUAAGAUAGAAGAAGAGAUCCACAAGGCGCAGACAUUUAUCAAAGAAGUGGUCGACAUGAAAGAAGCCAGAGUGGACGAAGUAUUCGAGUCUAUUGCAGAAACAAUGUUACUGAUGCUAGACGAGUACCCGAAAAGUCCGGAACAGCUUCUAGCCGACAACAUAGCUUUCAGAGAUAAAAUAGCGAUUGACUUGGAAAUCAAAUCUUCGGCGGCAGAGAGGGCCGUUAUCAUGAUUAUCAAUAAAUUUAUGGAUCUUAUAACCGAUCCUACUGUGCAAGAUGUUAAAUACAAUUGGCUGGAACCCGAGAAAAUGCACAGACAAUGCCCAUCCGAGAGCAGGUUACUACAGGGACGGUUCGAGCCAGGCUUUGGUCACGUUGAAAAGACAAAGAAGUUUAAGAUAAGUCAAGUGCACAAUGAUUGCAUAGAACUCUUUGCGUGUUACAAUAAUAAAUUAAUUGAGGCUUUAGUGAAGUGCACUAAGAAUUCUUUAGACUUAUUGAAGAAGAAAGCGACGAUUAUGAGCGUGCUGGUUGAAGAUGUCGCGUUAGAACAAGAAAUUCCGAUUAUGAUGACAUACUUUGUAUUACAAAUACCAAAUAUCGUAAUUGUCCCGUCGAUAGAAGAGCUGCAAAAUCAUUUUGGCAAAGUUAUAACAAAUAUUAUAGAAACGCACAAGAAAGUGUUUAUGUGGGGACAACGAAAUUCUACAAAUACGCGGGCUAAACCGCUUGACAAGGAAGAUUUGCCCAAUACCUAUUUUCAAAACGUGUCCGAUCACAAAGACAUAAUCCGCAGUUCCAUGAGUCUGCAAGGCUUAAUAUUAAUGUUAAGAGAUGAUGUCACCAAAGUUGGUAAUUCAUAUUUACGAUAUUCCUAUAUAUGGGCAGAAAAUAGAAAUGAAAUUGUACAAGCGUUUAUUGACUCGACACCUCUUAUACAAGAUAUCAAAGAGAAGUUUAUGGAGUACGAAGAUUUGAUGGAGGAAAUAAAUAAAUUACCUGACCGGCAUAUACUUGGGCCUCUUCAGAUUAAUACAGACAAAUUAAAAUUAGCGUUCCUCGUUGAAGCGAACGCGUGGAAAAAAUCCUUGGGCGUCUCCUUAUCGAAUAAAUACAAGGGAAAGUUGCAAAAAAUAACAGAUUACAUUUCUGAAAAGAACAAAGUUCUCUCCAGGCACAUUAAAGAUUUGGAGGAUGUUAGAGUUGCAAUGAAAUGCUUGGGAGAAAUACGAGAUGACUUCGUGUCGUUAGACAUGGAGCUGAUCCUAAUUGAAGAAACUUACACAUUAAUGGGCAAAUUUAAUGUCGACAUAUUAAAAGAGGAUCAAGAUGUAGUAGACGGACUGAGAUAUAAUUUUAGCAACAUGCUCAAUAUAGCGAAACAAGUACAAGCAGUUAUAUGCGAGAUGCAGGAGCCAUUGAAAACGGAGCUUAUUGAUGGAGUUGCUGCUCUUAAAAAGAAAGUAGCUCAAUUUGACAUUGAUUUUGAACUCAGCGGCCCGAUGGUUGAAGGAAUACCUGCAAAGGAAGCUAGCGAACGACUUAUUCUGUCCCAAGCGCGUUUUGAAGAAUUAUGGGAAAGAUAUGAAACUUACAGCAGCGGCGAAAGCCUGUUCGGUAUAGAAGUAACGGAGUACCCAGCUCUACAACAGAGAAAAAGAGAAAUUAACUUGUUGCAGAAGUUAUACACAUUGUAUUUACAAGUUAUGCGCACUAUCGAUAGCUAUUAUGAUAUUCCAUGGUCCGAAAUUGACGUCGAGUCAAUUAUAACUGAAUUGGCCGACUUCCAAAACAAAUGUCGAAAGUUGCCUAAAGCUAUGAGAGAGUGGCCUGCGUAUAUCGAUUUGAAAAAGAAGAUCGACGACUUUAACGAGAUGUGCCCGUUGUUAGAGAUGAUGGCUAACAAAGCCAUGAAAGACAGACAUUGGGAGAAACUGUCUAAGCUCUGCCAAUAUUUCUUCGACGUGGAAUCGGAAACGUUCACUUUGGCAAACGUCAUGCAGGCACCUCUGCUGAAAUACAAAGACGACGUGGAGGACAUAUGUAUUAGCGCGGUGAAGGAACAGGACAUCGAGUUUAAGUUGAAGCAGGUAAUUGCGGAUUGGACCGUUAUAAAUCUGCAAUUUGCCCACUUCAAGCAGAGAGGCGGACUGUUGCUGAAAGGUAUCGAGACGGCUGAAAUAAUAGCGCAACUGGAGGACAGUUUAAUGAUCAUAAGCUCUUUACUGGCAAAUCGUUACAAUGCGCCGUUUAAGAAAGAGAUUCAGCUGUGGCAGACCAAGCUUAGCAAUACGUCGGAGAUAUUGGCGAAAUGGUUAACCGUGCAGAAUCUGUGGGCUUAUCUGGAAGCGGUGUUUAUUGGCGGCGACAUAUCGAAGCAACUGCCUACUGAAGCGAAACGCUUUAAUACGAUUGAUAAGGCUUGGGUCAAGCUGAUGCUUCGCGCUCAUGAGAAACUAAACGCGGUGGAAACGUGUACGGGGGAUGAAACGAUGAGCCAGUUUUUGCCGUAUUUACUGGAGCAACUGGAAUCUUGUCAGAAAUCUCUCAGCGGGUAUACAUAUAUUAUUGUCUAUCUGGAAACCAAGCGAGUGAUUUUCCCAAGAUUCUGCUUUAUAUCAGAUCCUACUUUGCUGGAGAUUCUUGGGCAGGCAGCGGAUUGUCACACGAUACAGAAUUAUCUCGAUGGAUUUUUCGAUAAUGUGGCAAAACUCAAGUUCUCCGAAAAGGAAUACGACAAAAUUGUAGCAAUGCAUUCACGGGAAAACGAACAAAUAGUGUUGGAAAAAGAAGUCGCGUGCGCGGGAGGCGUGGAGAGCUGGUUAAAUGUUUUAUUAACAGUCCACCAACAGUCCGUCGGUGCCGUGAUUUCGCUAGGACUGCAAUCACUUCGCACACCCGAAUUUGACAUCUUGUUAUUGAUAGAAAAUUCCGUUUUGCAAGUCGGCCUAUUAGCGUUGCAAGUUCUAUGGACACGCGAUUCCGAGAUAGCAAUCGUAACUGCCAAACGGGACAGAAUGAUAAUGAAGAGGACCAAUCAGUGGUUCCUGGAUUUGCUGAACAGCUUCAUAGAAGUAACCGUUAAGGAUCUCACGAAGUUCGCCAGAAUAAAAUACGAAUGCUUAAUAACGAUACACGUGCACCAAAGAGACAUAUUUGACGAAUUGUGUCGCCUCAGAAUUCGAAGUGUGCAGGACUUUGAGUGGUUGAAACAAUGCCGAUUUUAUUACCAGGACGAUUCGGAGGAAGUCUCAGUUAAGAUAACCGACAUGGAAUUUGUUUAUCAAAAUGAAUUCCUGGGUUGUACAGAUCGACUUGCAAUCACGCCGCUCACAGACAGGUGUUACAUAACACUGGCACAAGCCGUGGGAAUGAAUUUCGGCGGAGCUCCCGCAGGUCCUGCCGGCACGGGCAAAACAGAAACGACGAAAGACAUGGGGAAAGCGCUGGGUAAAUACGUCGUUGUUUUUAAUUGCUCCGAUCAAAUGGAUUUUCGAGGUUUGGGCAGAAUAUUUAAAGGACUCGCGCAAUCCGGUAGCUGGGGAUGCUUUGACGAAUUUAAUCGAAUUGAUCUACCAGUGUUAUCCGUCGCCGCACAGCAAAUAGCAAUCGUGCUCAAUGCGCGAAAAGAGAGAAAGACAACUUUCUUGUUCAGCGACGGCGAGACAUAUAAACUCAAUUAUGAAUUCGGAAUAUUUAUUACGAUGAAUCCCGGAUAUGCGGGACGGCAAGAAUUGCCGGAAAAUUUAAAAAUACAAUUUAGAAGUGUGGCGAUGAUGGUUCCUGACAGACAAAUCAUAAUGCGAGUGAAACUCGCGGCGUGCGGCUUCAAAGAGAACGUGGUGUUAGCGCGAAAAUUUUUUAUACUGUACAAGUUGUGCGAGGAGCAGCUCAGCAAGCAGGUACAUUAUGACUUUGGAUUGAGGAAUAUCCUGUCGUGCCUUCGCACGCUUGGCGCCCAGAAACGCGCGCAUCCCACCGAUUCCGAAGAAACCACGCUUAUGAGGGUACUACGCGAUAUGAAUUUAUCGAAAUUAAUGGAUGAAGACGAGCCUCUUUUCAUGUCGCUCAUUGAAGAUAUGUUCCCGGGUGUUAAGUUAACGACGCAGACAUACAAAGAGUUAGAGAAGGCAAUAAGUAACGCUAGUGUCGCCCUUGGCAUUACGGAUCACAGGGAAUGGAAAUUGAAAACUGUUCAGCUGUACGAAACGUCGCUCGUUCGCCACGGUUUGAUGGUUCUCGGGCCGACGGGAUCUGGUAAAACGCGAUGCAUGUGGGCGCUAAUGAGAGCUCUAACAGAGAUGGGUGUACCACACAAAGAAAUUAGAAUGAAUCCAAAAGCGAUAACUUCGUCCCAAAUGUUUGGAAGACUCGAUGUCGCGACGAAUGACUGGACGGACGGUAUAUUCUCUAUUAUAUGGCGGAGGUCCACGCAAACGAAGAAGACGGAAAAUCUGUGGCUGGUAUUAGACGGCCCCGUUGACGCGGUGUGGAUUGAAAAUUUAAAUUCCGUCCUGGACGACAAUAAAACUUUAACACUGGCAAACGGCGAUCGCAUUAUAAUGGCAGCAAAUACUAAAUUAGUAUUCGAGCCCGACAACGUGGAUAAUGCGUCCCCGGCGACUAUAUCGCGUAUGGGAAUGGUAUUCGUCAGUGCCUCUGUGCUGAAGUGGAAUUCAAUUUUAGAGGGCUGGCUUAGAAAAUGUUCCAGCAACGAGGCUCGAGUGUUACGAACGUUAUUUCAUAAAAUAUACGGGGAUGCGCAUACGUUCGUUCAAACAAAGCUACAAACUAAAAUGAUGCUUUUGGAGGCGCUUUAUAUACGGCAGUGUAUUGACUUAUUGGAAGGAUUAAAUUUGUCAUUUUUAGAAAUAUUAUCUGAGCACCACAUCGAGAUGCUGUUCUUAUUCUCUCUUAUGUGGAGCUUGGGAGCUAUGUUAGAGCUAGACGGACGGUUUGCACUACAGGAAUAUCUCGUAAAUCAUGAAUCAAAUUGCAACUGGCCGCAAUGCACAGAUGACGAAACUAUUUUCGAGUAUCUAGUGUCGGACGACGGAAAAUGGAUACACUGGGGUAGAAUGGUGCCAGAAUUUGAAUAUCCGUCGGACCGUGUCUUAGAAUACCAUUCUAUUCUUGUCCCUAAUGUCGAUAAUACGAGGACAUUAUAUCUAAUCGAUAUUAUAGCGAGACAGGAGAAGGCAGUGCUUUUAAUAGGGGAAGCCGGCACCGCGAAAAGCGUAAUGAUGAAAAGCUAUAUGUCCAAGCACGAUCCCGAAUAUCAUUUGAAUAAGUUCUUCAACUUUUCCUCAGCGUCCACGCCGAACAUGGUCCAGCGCGUAUUCGAGAGCUACGUUGAAAAGCGAGUGGGCACCACUUACGGUCCGCCCGGUGGGCGGAAAAUGACGAUCUUUAUCGACGAUAUAAAUAUGCCGGCCAUAAACGAAUGGGGCGAUCAGAUCACAAACGAAAUCGUACGCCAGCUAAUGGAGUACAAAGGGUUCUACUCCCUGGACAAACCGGGCGACUUCUGUACCAUGCAAGAUAUUAUGCUACUCGCCGCGAUGCAUCAUCCGGGCGGGGGACGAAAUGAUAUUCCACCGCGAUUGAAACGGCAGUUCAACAUUUUCAAUUGCACAUUACCGUCGAACAGAUCCGUGGAUACAAUUUUCGGCGUCAUCGGCCAAGGCUACUUUUGCAGCGCGAGAUUCUCCGAUACCGUCGUCAAUUUCCUGCCGAAGCUCAUACCGUUGACUCGGGUAUUAUGGCAGCAAACUAAAGCGAAGAUGUUGCCGACUCCGGCCAAGUUUCAUUACGUUUUUAACUUGCGCGACCUUUCUCGUAUCUGGGAGGGGAUACUCAGAAUAGAGAGGGCCGAGUGCGAGUCUGUAACGACGCUGCUUAAAUUAUGGGAGCACGAAUGCACGCGCGUGAUAGCGGAUCGCUUCAUCACCGCCGCCGAUAAAGAGUGGUUCCAAAAUACGCUGCGACGGGCCGCGGAGAGGAUGCUGGGUCCAGAUUUUCAGUUUUAUUCCCCGGUCGAGACAUACUUCGCUGACUUUUUGCGCGAACCGCCAGAACCGACGGGUGACGAGCCGGAAGAUUUUGUAUUAGAGGCGCCGAAGGUUUAUGAGGAGAUACCGAGCUACGACGUCGUUAUCGCAAAAGUUGAGCAGAAUAUGGAGCAAUUUAAUGAAUACGUACGCGGCAUGCAUCUCGAUCUGGUCUUCUUCCACGAUGCCCUGGUGCACUUGAUACGAAUAUCGAGAAUACUUGGAGUUCCCAGGGGCAAUGCGCUGCUGGUAGGUAUCGGGGGAUCCGGCAAGCAAAGCCUGACGCGACUGGCAUCCUUCAUUGCGGGAUAUAACUUCUUUCAAAUAACGUUAUCCAGGAUUUAUAACGUAGCCAGCUUGAUGGACGAUUUGCGAAAGUUGUAUCGCGCCGCCGGUGUAGACAGCAAAGGUCUCACCUUCAUUUUCACGGACAACGAAGUAAAAAGCGAGGCAUUUUUAGAAUAUAUAAACAACAUAUUAAGCGUCGGCGAAGUGGCCAAUCUAUUUCCAAGGGACGAAUUGGACGACAUUCUGACGACUGUCACGCCGCUGAUGAAAAAAGCCGAUCCCCGGCGGCCCCCGACGCAAGACAAUCUUUAUGAUUAUUUCAUAUCGCGAGCGAGAAAUAAUCUGCAUAUAGUCUUGUGCUUUUCACCAGUCAGUGGCAAGUUUAGAUCCCGGGCGUUAAAAUUCCCCGGCCUUAUAUCCGGUUGCACGAUAAAUUGGUUUUUGAGAUGGCCGAGGGAUGCGCUGUACGCAGUCGGCGAGCACUUCCUCGGCACAUACAAAGUUAUAUGCAGCCCGGAAGUAAAACAACAGUUGACUCAAGUUGUGGGCGAUAUUCAAGAUGACGUAAGCGAUACCUGCGCGGAAUACUUUAACAGAUUCCGACGUCAAGUAUACGUGACUCCGAGAUCAUUUUUAACGUAUCUCGAUAGUUACAAGACGCUUUACAAGCAACGUUUGGACAAUAUUAAUAUGCUUGCUUCUCGCAUGAGUAGCGGUUUAAGUAAAUUAGUUGACGCUGCCGCCCAGGUCGACGUGUUACGGCACGAAUUGGAAAAAACUCAAGAGGAGAUCGCAGCGAAAAAUGUUCAAGUGGAGGCGAUUCUUGUUACUGUGAAUGAGAAAAAGAGAGAGGCCGAGGGUGUAAAGGCAAGGGUGCAAGUGUCGAAGGAUGAAGCGGAGGCGAUUCUGAAAGUGAUAGCGAAAGAUAAGGCGCUGGCGGAACAGAAGCUGGAAGCCGCGGAGCCCGCCUUGUUGGAAGCAGAAGCCGCGUUGCAGACCAUAAAAGCAGCAGACAUCGCUACCGUUCGUAAAUUGGCCAAACCGCCGUAUUUAAUUACGCUCAUAAUGGACUGCGUUCUGAUUCUAUUCGGGCGGAAGUUGGAACCAGUCAAGCCGGAUUACGAGCAUCAAUUUCUAACACCUUCGUGGUCAGAGUCGUUAAAGGUCCUGGCUGACAUCAGAUUUCUAUAUAAUUUACAAAACUUCCCGAAGGAUAAUAUCAACGCCGAAACUGUCGACUUAAUAAUGCCGUAUUUAAAUUUCCACAUGUACACUUACGAGGCCGCGAAGCAGGCCUGUGGCAAUGUUGCGGGUCUCAUACAGUGGACCAUCUCCAUGGUUGCUUUUUACGAAAUAAAUAAAGAUGUGCUGCCUUUGAAGGCAAAUCUUGCCGUGCAAGAAAAUUAUUACGAGAAGGCCAACAAAAAUUUACUCGAAGCGGAAGAAUUAUUGGGAGAGAAGGACGACGCUCUAAAGAUAGUUCAAAAUGAAUUCGAUGCCGUGAUGCGAGAACGACAAAUAAUCGUCGACCAAGCUGCGGCUUGCCAAGCGAAAAUGGAUGUCGCAAGCGCCAUGAUUGAAGGAUUAUCUGGAGAACAAAUAAGAUGGACAGAACAAGUGACUGUAUUUAAGUCGGAGACGGAGCGGCUCGUUGGAGAUGUGUUGGUCUUGACUGGGUUUCUUUCUUAUUGCGGGCCGUUUAAUCAAGAGCUCCGAGUUCUUUUGCAAAGGAAAUGGCUUGACCUCAUACAAGAUAGGAAGAUCCCAGUCUCUGGCAUCCUAAACGUUGUCAAUACGUUGACAGAUACAGCCACGAUUGGUGACUGGAGCCUGCAAGGUCUGCCAACCGACGAAUUAUCGCUUCAAAAUGGAAUAAUUGUGACGAAAGCAGCGAGAUAUCCGCUAUUGAUUGACCCGCAACUGCAGGGCAAGACUUGGAUUAAAAAUAAAGAGAAGGAGUUUGACUUACAGAUAACGUGGUUCACGCACAAGUACUUUAGAAAUCACCUGGAAGAUUCGGUAUCGAUAGGACGGCCAUUAUUGAUUCAGGACGUGGGGGAAGAAAUAGAUCCGGUGUUGGACAACUUGCUGGAGAAGAAUUUUAUAAAAAUAGGAACCUCCUACAAGGUCAAAUUAGGCGACAAAGAAGUGGAUAUUAGCAAAGACUUCAGGCUUUAUAUUACGACAAAGUUACCGAAUCCCUUUUACACUCCGGAAAUAUUCGCCCACACAUCUAUAAUUGAUUUUACUGUUACAAUGAAAGGUCUAGAGGAUCAAUUGUUAGGACGAGUCAUCUUAACAGAGAAGAAUGAGUUGGAGACGGAAAAGACGCAAUUGAUUGCCGACGUGACCGCGAAUAAUAGAAAAAUUAAAGAAUUGGAGACAAAUCUUCUACAAAAAUUGGGAACUGUACAAGGGCCUUUGAUAGAAGACGUUGAAUUAAUGUCGGUGUUAAAUACCACGAAGCAAACAGCGGCGGAGAUAAAUAGAAAGCUGGAUAUCGCAAAGGAUACGGAGCUAAAAAUCGACGCGGCACGCGAAGAAUUCCGAUCGGUCGCAACGCGCGGUAGCGUUUUAUACUUCCUGAUAUGCGACAUGCCGCAUGUCAAUUGCAUGUACCAAACGUCCCUCGCUCAAUUCUUAGAACGAUUCGAUAUCUCAAUGGCAAGGUCCGAAAAGAGUCCGAUCAAUCAGAGAAGGAUAAACAGCAUCAUCGAAUACCUGACUUACGAUAUAUUCAAUUACAAAGCGCGCGGGCUCUACGAGAUACACAAAUAUAUGUUCAUUUUGUUGAUGACGCUGAAAAUCGAUUUGCAACGCGGCAGCAUUACGCACGAGGAGUUUCAGUACCUCAUUAAAGGCGGCGCGGCACUGGACUUAAAAGCAGUCGAGCCGAAGCCUUGCAGAUGGAUCACGGACGUGACGUGGCUUAAUUUAGUUGCACUGUCGUCAUUACGACAAUUUCAGUACAUCGUGUCUCAAGUGCCCGCUUCCGAGAAAGUUUGGAAACAUUGGUUCGACAAAGAUGCACCGGAGGAGGAAGGCAUUCCAGACGGUUACAGCACGCUAGAUAUGUUCCGUCGAUUGCUCUUGAUAAGAGCUUGGUGCACGGACCGAGCGUUGUCGCAAUCAAGGAAAUAUAUAGAAUCUUCUUUGGGAGCGAAGUACGCGAAGCCUGUGAUUACGCUUUUGGACGUGAUGCACAGCGAAUCCCGGCCGCGCACACCGAUGAUCUGUUUCUUAAGCAUGGGAUCGGACCCUACGCCUAGCAUCGAGCAGCUCGCGAAGAGGAUGGAAAUCGUUUGUAGAAGCAUAUCGAUGGGACAGGGUCAAGAAGUUCAUGCCCGUCGACUGCUGAGUAGCGCGAAAACCGAAGGCUAUUGGGCCUUGUGCCAAAAUUGUCACUUGGGCCUGGAGUACAUGGCGGAAUUGACGAACUUCCUUGUAGAAAUGGAGGCGCCACACCCGAACUUCCGCGUGUGGAUCACGACGGAACCGCACAAGGACUUUCCCGUCUCCCUCCUGCAGAUGUCUAUAAAAUAUACAUACGAACCCCCGCAAGGAAUACGCGCGAGUUUAUUGGCGACGUACAGCAGCAUGAAUCAGGAAAUAUUGGACCAGUGCGACGCCACGCAAUAUAUACCGCUAAUAUACACCGUGUCAUUCCUGCACACCGUUGUUCAGGAAAGACGGAAGUUCGGUCCCCUGGGCUGGAACAUACCUUACGAAUUUAAUUCGGCGGACUGGUUGGCGUCGUGCAUGUUCAUAAAUAAUCAUCUCAACGACUACGAUCCGAAGCGCGGUAUAAAUUGGCAGAGCGUGCGUUACAUGAUAGGCGAGGUGCAAUAUGGCGGACGCGUCACGGACGACUACGACAAGAGGCUGUUGAAUACCUUCGCGAAAGUGUGGUUCACGGAAGCGCUCUUCGCCGAAGGUUUUACCUUCCACAAGGGCUAUCCGCUUCUGAUUCUCAAGCAAGUGAGCGACUAUCUGAAGGCGAUAGAUGCCAUGAGUCCUGUGGACCCGCCACAAGUAUACGGCUUGCACCCGAAUGCGGACAUUACAUACCAGACCAACACCACGCAGACUGUAUUAGAUAUAAUAACCUCCGUGCAGCCGAAGGAAGCUGGUGUCGUUGGCGCAGAAUCUCGAGAAGUAGUCGUUGCAAGGCUGGCGAAGGAGAUGUUAGAAAAAGUUCCGGGACUCUACGACAUGUUUGAAGUUAAAGAGAGAUUACACGCGAUGGAUCGUACCGCCCCGAUGAACAUUUUCUUGAAACAAGAGAUCGACAGGAUACAGGUGGUUAUAAAAUUAGUACGAGUCACGCUGAAGGAUCUUCUCCUGGCCGUGGAAGGCGUGAUUAUAAUGAGCGAGGAACUGCGAGACGCUCUCGAUAAUAUAUACGACGCCAGGAUACCGAAGACCUGGAAAGCUCGAUCAUGGGAGUCCGCCACGUUGGGAUUCUGGUUCACGGAGCUGUUAGAGAGGAACCAGCAGUUCUCGACUUGGCUGCACAGCGGCAGACCGACCAAGUUCUGGAUGACUGGCUUCUUCAAUCCGCAAGGAUUCUUGACGGCGAUGAUGCAGGAAAUAACGCGCGCUCACAAAUGGGCUUUGGAUAACGUUACGCUCCACAAUGAAGUCUUGCGUAAUAUGGCAGAGGAGAUCAAGACACCGCCAUCUGAAGGUGUUUACGUUUAUGGCCUGUUUCUCGAGGGUGCCGGCUGGGACCGAAGAAACAGCCGUUUGUGCGAAUCGGCGAAUAAAGUCCUUUACGUGUUAAUGCCGGUGGUACAUAUCUUCGCCCUACACAACGCCCCAGACAAGAGCCCGAAAUUAUAUCAGUGUCCCGUGUAUAAAAAGCCUCAGAGGACUUACACGCUGUUAAUAACACCGCUCUGGCUGCAAACUCUAAAAAAUCCCGAUUACUGGAUAUUACGUGGCGUCGCUCUGUUAUGUGAUAAUAAAUAAUUUGUUAUAAAUAAAGGGAGGAAGCUCACAGGAACUGGGAGUCUCCAGAAUGGGUUUAUUCGGUGAAAAUAAAUCUUCGCUUUCGCACGGGAGAAUUAAGCCGGGUGUUGGACGGGACGGGUUGCCGGCCAUUGACGAAAUCGCUGGAGAUUAAUUGAAAUAAUUAAUAAAAAAAGUUUCAGCUUCAGGUCGCGCUUACAGAAGUCGAUAAUUUCCGGCGACAAACCCGAGUUACCGACGCCGAGGAAAUCGCGGGGCAGUAAGUAGCGUACUCUGCUUCGCAGAGGGCGAACCGCGAUGGCGUAAGAUUCAAAUUGCGCGUUUGCGACGUAACGCGAAGCGCGAGCGCUUCGCACCGAAUCUGUGUUGUUGUUGUUCGUAAUCGCGCGUGAAAUUAAUCGCGAUCGGCGUCGCACCAACCUCGCCCGCGACGUGAGCAAUUAAUUGUCUUGCUCCACGCAUUUUACUGUCCGCGCCUUUACUCAUUAAUCGGAUCGCCCCCGAUUUCUUGGACUGUCAUCGUCCCUUCGCUUUUCGGAAGCUGCGUGAGCGAUAUUUGGCUUACGACCAAGAUAAAUAACAUAAAGAUGUGAUGUUUUUGCGUUAAAGAGAAACGAUCGAGUCUUUUUUUUGAAAGUAAGAUUAUCGCGUUGCGCUCAAAGAUCUUGUUCGUAUCAAGUCGUAUAAAGUGAAGGAGGCCUAGAAUAUUUAUAGCCAUUAGGGUAAGGAGAGUAAUAGCAGAAAAAAAUGGGAUAAAAAUUUUUCAGGAAAAAGCUAAGGCGCUCCAUAACUUAAGAAGUCCUUCUUCCACGUGGAAUAUUGAAAAAUCCCUUUUCGCUUUGCAAAUUUUUUAUCCGAUUCAACUAAUU